GCCCCGAUCUGCGGUGGCGCUGCGGGCAGCGGGUACUGUGUGCGCCGAGCCGCUGGCCUCAAGCGUGCGGAGGAUCGUGCCAGCGCCGCACCUGCCGGCCCGGUCCUCGGGCUGUCGCAGCACGGGACCACCCUACUGGGAGCUGCCGCUGACAUGAGUGCAGUGUCGCAGCCCCAGGCUGCUCAUGCCCCACUGGAGAAGCCGGCCAGCACUGCGAUCCUGUGUAAUACCUGUGGGAAUGUGUGCAAGGGAGAGGUGCUGCGGGUGCAGAACAAGUACUUCCACAUUAGGUGCUUUGUGUGCAAAGCAUGCGGCUGUGACCUGGCUGAGGGUGGCUUCUUCGUGAGGCAGGGUGAGCACAUUUGCACACGUGACUACCAGCGGCUCUAUGGGACUCGCUGCUUCAGCUGUGACUGCUUCAUUGAAGGGGAAGUGGUGUCAGCGCUUGGGAAGACCUACCACCCUGACUGCUUCGUAUGCGCUGUCUGCAGGCUGCCUUUUCCUCCUGGGGACCGUGUGACCUUCAAUGGGAAGGAUUGUAUGUGCCAGAAGUGUUCUCCACCCACAUUGGUGGGCAACAGUGCCCAGGUGGCCCAGGGCCUCCGGAGUUGUGGGGGCUGUGGCUUAGAAAUCAAGAAUGGCCAGGCCCUGGUGGCUUUGGACAAGCACUGGCACCUGGGAUGCUUCAAGUGCAAGACUUGUGGGAAACUCCUCAAUGCAGAGUACAUCAGCAAGGACGGGCUGCCCUACUGUGAGGCUGAUUAUCACACCAAGUUUGGCAUCCGCUGCGAUGGCUGUGAGAAGUACAUCACUGGUCGGGUGCUGGAGGCUGGAGAGAAGCACUACCACCCUUCAUGUGCGCUAUGCGUCAGGUGCGGCCAGAUGUUCUCAGAGGGCGAGGAGAUGUACCUGCAAGGUUCCUCCAUCUGGCAUCCAGCAUGUCGGCAAGCAGCCAGGACUGAAGACAAGAGCAAGAUGCACAGCUCUGUUUGCAGUCAGCCCUGCCCGGGCACCCUGCCCUGUGCCUUACAGGAAACCAGGACUUCCUCAGAGAGCAUUGUCUCUGUGCCUGCCUCCAGCACAUCUGGGUCCCCAAGCCGUGUGAUCUACGCAAAGCUUGGUGAUGAGAUCCUGGACUACAGGGAUUUGGCUGCUCUUCCCAAAAACAAAGCGAUCUACAACAUCGACCGCCCCGACAUGAUCUCCUAUUCGCCCUACAUUAGCCACUCGGCCGUGGGGGACAGGCAGAGCUAUGGCGAGGGGGAUCAGGAUGAUCGGUCCUACAAGCAGUGCAGGACCUCCAGCCCCAGCUCUGCUGGCUCGGUCAGCCUUGGACACUACACACCAACCUCACGAUCACCCCAGCACUACAGUCGUCCAGCUGGUACUGUGAGUGUUGGUACCAGUAGCUGUCUGUCCCUGUCCCAACACCCAAGCCCUACAUCCGUGUUCAGACAUCAUUACAUCCCCUACUUCCGAGGCAGCGAAAGCGGCCGUAGCACUCCGAGUCUCUCAGUGCACUCCGACAGCAGGCCUCCUUCCUCUACCUAUCAGCAGGCUCCGAGACACUUCCACGUCCCAGACACUGGCGUAAAAGAUAACAUCUAUAGGAAACCCCCUAUCUACAAACAGCACGCCGCCAGGCGAUUGGACGUGGAGGACAGCAGUUUCGACCAGGAUAGCAGGAAGAAGACAACCUGGCUGCUCCUCAAGGGAGAUGCAGACACCAGAACUAACUCUCCGGACCUGGACAGUCAGUCUCUGUCCCUCAGCAGUGGGGCUGAUCAAGAACCUCUCCAAAGGAUGCCAGGGGACAGCCUCUACUCACGCUUCCCUUAUUCCAAACCCGACACUCUCCCAGGACCCAGGAAGGAUGGCCUGGACCUCCGGAAUGCCAACCUGGCCCCUUGUGGAGCAGACCCGGAUGCCAGCUGGGGCACUCGAGAGUAUAAGAUUUAUCCCUAUGAUUCCCUCAUCGUAACAAACCGAAUUCGUGUGAAACUGCCCAAAGAUGUGGACCGGACACGGCUGGAGAGACACCUAUCACCUGAAGAGUUCCAAGAAGUGUUUGGGAUGAGCAUCGAGGAGUUUGACCGCCUGGCCCUGUGGAAGAGGAAUGACCUCAAGAAGAAAGCCUUGCUGUUCUGACAGCUGCCAACGUCUUACCAGGAGCCUGCUGGGGGCGUAGGGCUGAAGGACCCCACUGGCCCCUCCAAAAUCCCCUCCUGCACCUUGCUCUGCUUCUCCGUGUCAGUGGGGCAGACAGGGUGCCUGCAGGAGGCAGGGUGGGGCCAGGUCCUGAGGAGCAUCCAGCAGGCAUGGUCCCUUGUGUAGCAAGGAUGCUCCUGCCUGUAGUUUAGGGCCAUGUGCCAGCUUGACCCACUCCUUCCCGCCACAGCUGGGCAUCGGGGCAGUGUUGCAGCUAUCCUAGGAGAUGGGGCAGAGCAUUCAGCCAGCCCAGCACCUUCCCAGGGCACCUGGUGUGCUCACACCUGUGCUAGGCACUGGGGCACAGAGUGUCUGGGAUGUGAGUGAAAGGCUUGUCAGUGGCAGACCCUGACACAGUAGUAAUGGUAAGUGUGAGACUCCUCAGUGCAUGAGGAGGCAUCGGGCAGACUGGCAGGCUGAGGCAGGGGAGCCAGGCCAGUGUCUGAGAGGCAGUGGGGCUGUGUUUUUUGCAGUUAUUGUGAUGGAUCUUUUCUGGGGAAUGAAUGUCGACCUGACAGGGUGCCCCCCACUAGUGCUGUGCAUUUGUAUUGUGCCCUUCUUCCAGAUCACCCCCUUAGUUGCCUAAAUGAUAUCUUUCAAGUUACACAGAAGUUUUUAUUUUAUUAAAAAGUAUCGCUUCCUUACACAUAAGAAGACAUAUAUGCAGAGUUUAGUUUUACGGUCCCCGAGAAGGGGAGCGCCUCCGCCUUACACCCCCACCAACCCCCGCCCGCCCACCAUGCAGGCCUCUGUGCUUCCAGUCCUCGGCGUUCCUCACAGACAAGAGCCAGUCUGUUUCCCUCCGCCCCUGCUCCUUUGUAUGUGUCACACAGACAGCCUCAAAAACACUGGCUCAGCAGUGCAGUUUGUAAAUACAUGUGAAAUGUAUCCAUCUUUUCCCCUCUCUGUCAUUUUCCCAAGUCCCAAAGAGAAGAGCGCCCCCUGAUGGCCAAAGCCCUAGAAUAAAGGUUUCCCCACUGUGGCCUAGUCUCACAUAAACCUAACCAGUCUUCCCUGGUAAAGACACUCACUGUAGCCCCCACCACACAAAACAUGCAUGCCCAGGAAGCAUGCUGUCACAGGACACGGGCUCUGAAUGCAGCGGCAGAGAUCGACAACUAGAGGUGGUGCCUCCUCCAACCUGGGUGUCCAGAAGUGGGGACUAGCUGGGGCCCUGGUAACAGGUACGGAAGAGCACCCCUGCUGCAGGAUGCGUGGACACUGUGGUCCUGGGUGACUCUAGCUGUCCCCUCCUCUGGGCUGUCCUCACUCUCUCACAUCCUGGGGCAUGCCGGGUGUCAUUUUGUGCUGGGGUUCUCACCAGCCUGGCUGGGCCGUGGAGGGGAACUUUUGGUACUUAAGUCUGCUUCCUGUCACUUAACAGUCUGGACCUGCGCAACUGGAAACCCCCACCUCCUCACUCACAAGGUGUCGCGUCCUAUCUGAUCCCUGGGACACCUGGGAAAAAUAAACGGUGACACACUGUAAAUUGUGAAAGGA